CGCCAUCUCUGUGACUACACUUAAUAUGGGGAAAUAUACUCACCUCCUCGGGAGUAUCGCAGAGAUCGCCGCCUUCGCCGGCCAUAAUUUCAGUGAUGAAGCUGCUAAGUCUCACGCUGCAAGUAGACUUGUUGCAAGGUGCAAAGAGAUCGCAGUCGUCGCAGGGAAGUAACGUUCGAUUUUGCGUCAAGGUAUCGACCAACUGUCAUCGACGCAAGACGUCAUCCGCCAAUACGAGAACAUCUCGGGAAUGCUACACCCAAGCAGCGAUGCCGAGUUCUGGACAAGGCGUACCGACAAGAUGUUCACCUUUUCAUCCCGUUGUCCGUGGACUAAUAGGCAGAAGAAGAGCCUCAAGAACAUAUGCCGCCAAAUCACGAACAAGUCCAAGAAACCACCAGCUCAGUUCGGGGGCGACGGCUGUCCAUGGUUCGGCCAAUCUGAGCCCAUGCCGGCGGACUGGUCUUGGGCCGCCCUCUUCUCCAUCUGCUUCAUGCGUCUGUAACGCAAGAACUUUGAAUGUAACAAGUACUGGCUUCUGGAGGAUACAGGGUUGACUCUCGCCUGUGAGAUACUUUACCAGCUGAGUUCCUCGGACUCCCAAUCAGCGCAUUCUUGGGCCAGCCUGUGACGACGAAAAAGCAAUUCGCAACCAGCACGGCCUGCACAGCUUGUUGCCGGCUUUCUGUCUCACCUGGUCCUGGUGACUGCUGAUGUCGCUAGAGAAGGAGUUGAGUGCGCCGCUUCCAGUUCUUCGUCCAACCUUUUAGACAUAUAUUAGACAAUCCCAAAACUUUUCAUUUGUCU